AUGAUUUUUUAUGAACAAAAAAUUGGUUCAAGAUUAGAUAUUGAUAAAAUAAUCGAUGAUAGUCGUUUAAAACUCGACAAAUGGCGAGAUAAUAGUCUUAAAAAAUUUAAUCGGUUUUAUGACAAUAAAUGUGAUGAACUCGAACGAUAUUACACUCAAAAAGUUCGUCAACAACAAAAGGAAAUCGAUCAAUUAUAUAAACAAUUAAAUGAAUUCAAUCAGAAACAAAAUACUAUUCAUGAAGAUAAUCUGAACGAAUUACAAACAAAUAUUCUUAAUGUGAAACAAAAAAUAGAUGAAAUCGAACAAAAAAUUAUUCCAAUUCAUAUUCGUUCUUUAGUAAUAGAUAAAAAUUUAAUUAUUAUUGGAGAAAUGAAAAUACAAGAAUUUGAUUUAACAACAUUUUCAUUACCAUAA